GGGAGGAGGAGGAUUUCAGGAAGAACGCUGAGUGCUACGUGUCCAGUUUAACUGAACUAACACAAACUUUACUAACUUUCAAUCUGUGUAAAUCUCCAUAGGACUACAUCGCUGGAAAAGUUGCUUUGCGGCAGUAUGGCGGGGUUGAAAAAGCAGAAAACGGACCUGCAGAGAGCGACCAAUGUUGUGUACCAGGCUCACCAUGUUAGCAGAAGUAAGCGUGGCCAAGUGGUCGGGACCAGAAGUGGUUUCCGUGGCUGCACUGUUUGGCUUACUGGACUGUCUGGUGCAGGAAAGACUACUAUUGGAUUCGCUUUGGAGGAAUAUCUGGUUUCUCAUGCUAUUCCUUGCUAUUCCCUCGAUGGCGACAACAUUCGUCAUGGCUUAAAUAAGAAUUUGGGCUUCACAGCAGCAGACAGGGAAGAGAACGUCAGACGUAUCGCAGAGGUGGCUAAACUGUUUGCGGAUGCUGGUUUGGUUUGCAUAACUAGUUUCAUUUCGCCAUUCACUAAGGAUCGAAACGAAGCUAGGAAGAUCCAUGAGAGUGCAGGUCUGCCUUUCUUUGAGGUGUUUAUAAAUGCCCCGCUGGAGGUUUGUGAGAGCAGAGAUGUGAAAGGACUUUAUAAAAAGGCUCGUGCUGGAGAAAUUAAAGGUUUUACAGGAAUAGACUCUGACUAUGAGAAACCCGAAUCUUCAGACCUUGUGUUGAAAACAGGAGAGAUCACUGUUAAUGACUGUAUUCAGCAGUUAGUAGAUCUCUUGAAGGAACAGGGUAUUGUGCCAGACGGUGUGAAUGAGGAGGUGAAUGAGCUCUUUGUUCCAGAAAACAAGCUGGACUUGGUACUGAGUGAUGCCAACAUACUCCCCACUGUGACCAUCACAGAGCUGGAUUUGCAGUGGGUGCAGGUUAUAGCUGAGGGUUGGGCGACUCCACUGAGAGGUUUCAUGAGAGAGAGAGAAUAUCUUCAAGUCUUACACUUUGGAACUUUGCUUGAUGGUGGGACCAUAAAUAUGUCCGUGCCCAUCGUGCUGCCCGUAUCCAAGGACGACAAGGAGAGAUUGGACGGCUCUGCUGCUUUUGCCUUGGAGUUCGAAGGUCGAAAAGUGGCGAUCAUGCGCAACCCUGAGUUUUAUGAGCACCGCAAGGAAGAGAGAUGCGCAAGGCAGUGGGGGACGACAUGCCCCAAACAUCCCUACAUUAAGAUGGUAAUGGAGAGUGGUGAUUGGCUGGCCGGUGGAGAUUUGGAGGUGUUUGAGCGAAUUAGGUGGAAUGAUGGUCUCGACCAUUACCGUCUCACUCCGCGAGAGCUACGACAGAAGUGUAAAGAAAUGAGAGCAGAUGCAGUCUUUGCUUUCCAGCUGCGCAAUCCUGUUCACAACGGUCAUGCACUCCUGAUGCAAGACACAAAGCGACGUCUGCUAGCACGAGGGUAUAAGAAACCCGUGCUGUUACUACAUCCUCUGGGUGGCUGGACCAAAGAGGAUGAUGUACCUCUGGACUGGCGCAUGAAGCAGCACGCUGCUGUGCUGGAGGAAGGGGUUCUGGAUCCAGCAAACACCAUUGUGGCCAUUUUCCCCUCACCUAUGAUGUACGCCGGGCCUACAGAGGUACAGUGGCAUUGCAGGGCUCGUAUGAUCGCUGGGGCUAACUUUUACAUCGUAGGACGUGACCCAGCAGGUAUGCCUCAUCCAGAGACAAAGCAGGACUUGUAUGAGCCCACACACGGUGGAAAAGUGUUGACCAUGGCUCCUGGCCUCACUUCUCUGGAGAUCAUUCCCUUCAGAGUUGCCGCAUACAAUAAAGUUAAGAAGGCCAUGGACUUCUACGACAAGGAAAGACACAGUGAAUUUGAGUUCAUCUCGGGAACCAAGAUGCGGAGCCUUGCCCGCAACGAUGAGAACCCCCCAGAUGGUUUCAUGGCUCUCAAAGCAUGGAAAGUCCUUGCGGAGUAUUAUGGCUCUUUGAAAAAGGACAAAUGAACAGUAGUGUGAAUUACACUAAAGAUCUAUAUCAUCUAUUUAUGUAGGUUUUGGCUAUAGAAAUAGGUUUAUAGAACAAUUAGCAUAUAUAUACUACAAACCUGCAGGGUAAAACUGUAUAACAUCUUUAUUAGACUCAUGUACUACAUUUUUAGAUACAUCUUAUCUAUAUUUAUCUUUUGAAAUGACCUAGUAGUAUCAUAUGGUACUUUUGUUCCGAAUAUCCCCUUGGGAUCCAAAAUUCCAUUUACAUUAGAAUUUCUGCCUGUAUUAUAGACUUGUGUCCAGUCAAAACCUAAAUACCUCAACUAGAUGGUUUUUGAUCAUUUGUAUUUCUUAAUAUUUACAGUAUUCAAUUACAGCUCUGGAGAACAUCUUGUAUUUAAAAACUUUUACACAAUUGUGUAAUAACAGAUGUAAUUACAAAGAAGAACAGAUAUUAUGAGCUCCAAUGAGAUAAUGACCACAGUAACACCCUAGUCUUUUUUACAGUGUACAUUCAUACGUAUUGAUGUAAAUUGGCUUGAUGCUAGAUUUUUGAACAUUCCCAAAUUAACCAUUUACUGUUUGGUUUCACAUGUAAAUGUGAAAAAAAAUUGUGCUGAGCGUAUAUACAGUAAAUGCUUGACAAAUCCAAUGUGAAGGAACAGGAGAAUAUUUAUUGCCUUACCAAUUUCUUAUGGGACCAACCUAAAGAUAUGAUCUUACAGUAAAUGUAUUUAAUAAAUGCUACCUUUUGUACAAUUUGAUGAUUUAAACUUUCAUACCAUAUUUGGUGAAAUGUGCAUUCAGCAGUAAUUACAAUAAAAUCCAUUAAGACAAA